AUGUUGAUUGCCAAUGGCACCUGCUUCAGGCCAUCUGUCUUCACGCUAACUGGGAUUCCAGGCCUUGAAGCAGUGCAACGCUGGGUUGGGAUCCCAUUCUUCAUCUCUUUUGUCCUGGCCACCAUCGGAAACGGCCUCCUCGUCGCUGCCAUCCGCUCUGAGCGCAGCCUCCACGAACCCAUGUAUGUCUUCUUAGCUGUAUUGGCAGCUACUGAUCUGGGUCUGACCCUAUGCAUCACUCCCAAAAUGCUGGCCAUCUUUUGGCUUCAAUCAAGGGAGAUUCACUUUGACUCCUGCCUUAUCCAGAUGUAUUUCACUCACACUUUCCAGUGCAUGGAGUCUGGCAUUCUCCUGGCCAUGGCCUUCGACCGCUACGUGGCUAUCUGUGAGCCCUUGAGGCACUCUGCUAUUCUCACUAGGAAGGGGCUAAUCAGCAUCAUCCUGGCAGUGACCAUCCGGGCAUCUGUUAUCAUCAUCAUGUGUCCACUUCUAAUUAAAUUGCGCCUGAAGCAUUUUCGGACCACAGUCAUCUCUCAUUCCUACUGCGAACAUAUGGCUGUGGUAAAGCUGGCUGCUGAAGACGUCAGAGCCAAUAAAGCAUACGGACUGUUUGUGGCUUUCUCAGUCCUUGGAUUGGACGUAAUCUUCAUUUUUCUGUCCUAUGCCUUCAUCUUCCAGGCUGUCUUUAAAUUGCCACAGAAGGAGGCACGAUUUAAGGCAUUCAACACGUGCACAGCCCACAUCUUUGUCUUUCUUCAGUUCUACAUUCUCACAUUUUUUACGUCCUUCAUACACAGAUUUGGCUUCAGUGUUGCUCCUUAUGUACACAUUCUGCUGUCCAACCUUUACCUCCUAGUUCCACCCUUGCUAAAUCCCAUUGUCUAUGGAGUGAAAACCAAACAGAUCCGAGAUGGAGUAAUCAAGAUGCUCUUUCCCAAGGGUUAA